CUCUAUCCCCAAGACCCCAACAAAAGAGGAAAGGGCUAGAGAAGAGGUGUUUGUAACCCUAACUCUCGAAUCCGUCGAAUUUGCGCUAACCCUCGAUUAUCAGGGAAAAUUCCGUCUCUCUCUACAGUCUACCGUCUCAGUCUACAGUUCAUAUUCAUCCACAUCAGUUUUCUAUCUAAAAGGUUCAAUUUCGAAUUUCGUAUUUCCAGCAUCAAUUUGAGUUACUUUUCGCAGAUAAAGAGUUAGAGGAAACCAUUUCCGACGAAUUCAAGAAAUUAAAAGGCAUGGGAACUUGCUAGAAGUUUCGCUGUUUACUUUGGGGUAAAUCUUUCGCCGUGGUAAUUUUUGUUGAAAAAAGGCAUAUAACUUGAUCCAUGGGGGAUUUACAAACAUCAGGGAAGCCAAUAGAUUCUCUAUUGGAGAAGGUCUUGUGUAUGAACAUUCUUUCAUCGGAUUAUUUUAGAGACCUUCUUCGUUUGAAGACAUACCAUGAAGUAGUUGAUGAGAUAUACAAUCAAGUUGAUCAUGUGGAACCAUGGAUGACUGGAAACUGUCGGGGACCUUCGACGGCCUUUUGCCUUUUGUACAAGUUUUUUACUAUGAAGCUCACUGCCAAGCAAAUGCAUGGCCUAUUAAAGCAUCCUGAUUCUCCUUACAUAAGAGCUAUUGGAUUCCUAUACCUUAGGUAUGCUGGAGAUCCAAAACAAUUGUGGAGCUGGUUUGAACCAUAUAUUACAGAUGAUGAGUUACCAAGUUGUCCAUGUGCGACAUUUGACAAACUAUCAGAAAAUGGGUUUGUCUUUUAUAUUAGAUGUGACAGUUGCAGUUUCAUCAACAAUGAAGUGGUUGGGUGCAUUCAUCCCAAGAAUCAUAAGGUUUUAUCAUGUGCUCAAGAAUUUUCGCCUGGAUCUAAUGGUAGGAUGACAACUAUGGGUGUCUACGUGCGAGACUUACUUCUUGGACAGUACUACUUUGACACCCUCUUCCCUCGUGUACCUGUACCUGUAGUGCGGCAGAUUGUCUGUCACCUUGAACAGAUGAAGCUCCCCACGAAGUCUUCAGGAUCAAUAGGAGAGAACAGCCGGGUCGGAUCAGAAGAUACUGCACGUCGCCCUCCUUCUGUAAAGGCUGCUCUUUCUGUUUCUUUUGGACAGCGUGCACCUCAUCGGGCAUCAACAAGAGACUCCUCUCCAGUUCGCCGUGCUCUACCCCCACCUCCCUAUGAUCGAGGUGGUAGCGAGGACUCUCGGAGGUCCCCUAGCAGGCAUCGCAGUCAGAGCCGUGAUUUGUCUGAGAGAGAGUACCCUGACAGGGAUGGGGACAAAAUGAGAAAUCGUGAUCAGGAUCGAGAUCGGGACCGUGAUCGUUACCGGGACAGAGAUAUCCGGGACCGAGAUAGGGACAGAGAAAGGAGCCGUGACAGAGAGAGAGAUUAUGGGCGAGAGAGGGACCGCAGGCAUGAUUACGAUAGAGGCAGGUAUUCCGAAAGGGUAGGAAGCAGAAGGGAUAGAGACAAUGGAAGAUAUAGUGAGCACCGUUCUCAGCGAAGUAGAAGUAGGAGCAGAAGCCGGAGUAGGAGUACGAGCAAAAGUCGGAGAUCUCCAUCUCCUGUUCGUAGUGAACACUUUGAUCAUUAUUCGAGCUCUCAAAGAGAUAAAAGCAAAGAAAACGAUAGAGCAUCGGCAUCAAGCAACCUUGCCAAGCUCAAAGAUCUAUAUGGUGACUUGGGUGUCAAAAAAGGUGAUGCUAGUGAGGACAAAGGGUAUACCAAGGAUAGCAGUACCGAAGAGGUUAUUAGAUUAGGGGGUGCUAGGUGGAAGUGAUAGAGAAUUGCCUCUCUUGGACCACUAGGACCUGAUAAACGGACAGAUCUUUCUUUGUUCAGACAAUUGUGAUGCAAUUUUCUGUUGUAUAUUAGAUGUUGGUUCAAGAUUUCAUUACUUUAUGUUUCAAAGGUUUAUUUUUAA